AUGUUCUAUUCCCAAACCUUUUUGGCGCGAAAGGGCCCACUUUCCACCGUGUGGAUCGCCGCUCACCUCCAGCACCGUCUCAAGAAAUCGCACUACACCACCACCGACAUUCCCUCUACAGUCUUGCGCAUCAUGGACCCUGGGGUUCCCAUUGCGCUUAGAAUGUCGGGUCACCUUCUCCUCGGCGUGGUUCGGAUAUACUCCAAGAAAGUGGAGUAUCUUCACCAAGACUGCAAGGACGCGUUGACGGGUCUCCACAAGGCGUUGGCUUCUCUCCAGUUUGCUCAACCGGAGGAGGUGGGGCCAGCGCCGUUUCAUUCGGUGACUCUGCCGGGGACUUUCGACCUUGAUGCGCAGAAUAUAGAAGACCAAAUGGAUUACACAGGGGCUAAGGAUCGGAACUCCGUGAAUCCGGAAGACAUCACACUCACAGAUCGAAUUCCUGUGACAACAGAUUAUUACGUGACUGUAUCUUUUGAUGAGGAUAUAAUAAUGGAUUCUUCACAUACAGAAGUGCUGCAUGAUUCUGGCCCUAUACCAAUGGAAGAGGACAUUGUUCCCCAAUCUCCAUCAUCAACAAAAGUUGUGGGUUCUGCAGAUGAUGGUCCAAGUGCCCAAAGGGAAUCAUUAACUGUCCAGUUGGAUCCUACCAUUCACAGUCCUCCACAAGCAACCCAAGUGGAGCCCAUUGAGGUUCGUCGGGGAUUGGCUCCUAGUCCUCCACAAGCAACUCAAGUUGAGGCACCUGAGGUUGGUCUUGAUGCCAAUGAUCAUCAUCAUCUUGAAAACCCGCCACUAUUUUCAAACCUUGAGAAUAAUGAUGCUGAUCCAAUCAGAGUUGUUGACUCUUUGAUUCAUGAUUUUGAUCCCGAAAGGAUGUCCGAACCAUCUCAACAACGAUUUAAUCCGCCAACUCCGCCUACAACUCAAGGGGGCACCUCGGAUUUGCAAGUUCAUGUUGAGAAUAAUUCUCCCAAUUUUGUGCUUCCUGAAAGUCCACCAAUACAGCAGCCACCACAGAGAGGAAGAAAAAGAAAACAAUUGUUUGAUGAACAAAUUGUGUUAAAAAAUAGAUUCAUGCGGAGUGCACUUAAUAACCCACGUGAUAUACUGAGGAAAAGAAGAGAAGUUCCUUCCUCUAAUUUGGGGGUUGGCAAGGAUCUUUUGGACAUAUGCAAUGGUGAAUAUGUGCGUUCAAGACCUCAUUUGGUCAUCUCCGAGGAAGAUCAUGAUGAUGCUAGGAUGGCUGAAACUCCUGCAACGAACCAAGUCCCUGAAGAGCCAAUAGCUCCUACUAGCCAACCCUAUGCAGAGCCAAUAGCUGAUACAAACCAAACCUCAGAACAGCCAAUAGCUGCUGCUAACCAAAUCACUGGAGAGCCAAUAGCUGCUACCGACCGAAUCUCUGAAGAGCCAAUAGCUGCCACAUCUCCUGGUAGUGCAUUUGAUAUGGAAAUUGAACAUGCUCGAAAUGUUGCUGUUACUCCCCCUCCCACCAUCCACACUGUGGUUGAAGAUGAUUGCAGGAGCCCUGAUAGAAGAGAUGACUUGACUAUGACUUCACUUCGUAACAAAUCAGUUGCUUCUUUGGGAACAAAUGUUGCAUCUGAGAGAAUGCAGACACUAGAUUUAGCAGCAUCACCUAGUGCUUAUGGAUCAGAGACAAUGCAAACGACAAUGCAAACACCAGAUUCAGAUACUAAUCACUUGAUCAAUUCUGCUGCAACAGAUGAGUUUUGGUUUCUGAGUCUGGGCAACAACACACCAGCCAGUUCACAAGGUACAAGCGGAAGUAACAUGACAUUGUCUGAAAGGACUAAAUAUGCAGCUGAAUAUUUGAAAACACUGAAUCCAAUCACCCCAAUUUUGGAGGAACCUGCAGGAGAUCAAUCUCAUCUCAGCUUGAACAAGAUUUUGGAAGGGAAAACACGUCAUACUGCUGCUCGAAUGUUCUUUGAAGUAUUGGUUUUACAGACUAAUAGACUUGUUAAUGUAGAACAAGAAGAACCUUAUGGCGACAUCCACUUGAAGUUGGCCGCCACGCCUUCAAAUACUCAAAGUUGA